GAGAUCAAUUCGAAUUUCCUGUUGAAGCAUGGGAAUCAGUUCAAUUCAAUGCUAAUUUUGAAGGAAAUAAAGUGGAUAAAUUUGUCGUUACUCAAUAUUUCGUUGAAUCGCCAAACAGUGCGAUAUUUAAUGGUUAUUCACUUGUAAGAACAAUGAUUUCCAUCUAUGAAUCAGACUCAUCGAAAAAAAGUUACGUUUUGGCUAAAAGGAUCAAAAGAGACUACAUGGACUUGCAAACAGUUGAAUUUGAAUACGAGUUAUAUGAUUAUUUUACGCUUAAGGAUUGUAAAGACUUGAUAAGUGACAGAAAAGCAACACUCAACUUCAAAUUAGGAUGUGAAUCACGUAACACAGAUUGUAUAAAGUUAGCUGACAGACGAAUGUACCAGUUUAGGGAAGAGUUCAAAAAUGAAAUGGUAUUGUAUGAACCCAAUCUCUCCACUGAGGAUCGAUGAUAUUCAAUAUCGCUCUACCGACUCUGAAAUCGAAUUCGAUGUCACAUUUCUUGAUAAACCUGAUUUCGAUGGUAUUAUAAUUCCUCAAACCAUGCUUGUCAGUAGCGAAACAUUCGAUGUGGCCAGAACUCGCUCAGCAAGUAGUCAACGUGAAUGCUUGGAGCAAUUAGGCCAUGUUUAUGGACUAUUUGCUGUUGGCAUCUGGAGAUCUUCAGAUUCCUUCUGUGGUUAUUUGAAAAAAUUUGAGGAUUUCAAGGAAGAUCCCAAAAAUGGAAAAUCGUGCAAAGUCUACAUCUUUCCAUUGGAGAAUUACUAUCACAUAAGCCAUGAAUUAGCACUUGAUGAUCUUCAGAAAUCCUUUUUGGAGGACAAAUUCAGAACAUUUUCCGUGAAAGAUCCCGAAUCACAGCGCUCUUUUUCUUAUAAAAUUUUAGAUAUAGUUAAUGUGACUGAAUUUCAAAAGGAUGAUAAAGUGUCGGAUAUUAAUUCAUUUUAUACAAUGGCGAGCAAUUCGAGGCUAAAAAAAGAUGACAAAACCAUGCUAGUUGUACCUGGAGUCUCAACGUUUGCUGACUGCCUGAGAGUCUGUCAAAACUCAGAGAAACUUGAGUGUAAUUAUUUUUCUUUCUGCUCUAAUUCGGGUUCCGUUGACUGUAGAGUAAGCGCCUUGAGAGAAAGUAAUUUUACGGAUUUACCAUCAACCCAAGAGCGUGACACAAAAUGUCGAAUUUACGCAAUGAAUCCUUUAAGAUUUUACUCAAAAGCUCCUAACCGCAAGUUCAAAAAGCAAAUAUCAACUGCAAUCAGACAAAGUGCAACUUCUUGUGCUCAGGAGUGUGUAAAUUCUGAUGAUUGUAUAUCAUUCCAAGACUGUGGGUACUCGUGUAGCUUUAAUAGCUUUUAUACCGACUCAAGCACUGAGUAUGACGAAGAUUGUGCCAUAUAUUAUCCCAAAGUAUCUCAUGAGUACAGGAAUACUGGUAAUAAAAUAGUAUCUGAAGUGAUUCACACUGAGAUGAACUUGAAUCUAGACCAAUGUGCUUCAUUGUGUCAUGGAUGGACUGAUGGUGACACUGGAUGUAAAUCGUUCAACUAUUGUCCCAGAAAUAUCAAUCAAAUGGAAAGCUCAUGUUCAUUGACUAAAUAUUCAGUUAAAAGUUCUGAUACAAAUAUCACUGAAGAAGGUUACUGUUUUAAUUACGAAUUGUUAACUUCGUCGAAUGUCAAAACCAAUGAAGAAUCAAGUGAAACCCAAGUCAUCAAAGGAACGAGCGGAUCAAGUGCUUUUGGUAUAAUCAUGAUGUUUCUGGUUGUCGGUUCUUUAUUAGGAUUCUCAGCUCCAUUUGUUUAUGAAAAAAUCAAAAGCAAACGUGAUGUCGCACAGGUGAAUGAGAGUUUCACUUGGACAAAACAAGUUGAUGAGCAAACUGCAACUAAUAAUUGAAUUAUGUCUGGCUUUUAAUUGUUUAUCUUACACCUAACUCUAUGAGAAUCCAAAUGGUCCAUCAGUAUUCACUGCGAACUCUAUGAGUUUCCUCAAUUCAUCCAUUAUUAAUAUAUCUUUCUAAUCUCAUCUUUAAUUUAAAAAAUUCAGUCAAUAGUUGCAUCGCAGUUGUAAUAUGAGAUAAAUAAUAAAAAACUUAAAAAACAGAAUAUUCA